CGCAUAAAAUCGAGAAAACAAAACUAAAUACGCGGUGUUUGUUUUGCCUGUAGGGUAUAUUAUGUAAUGGACAAGAAAUAGUAGUAAAGAGAAUCUCAAGGACUUCUACACAAGGAUUUGAGGAAUUCAAGAAUGAGGUCAUGCUGACUACUAAACUACACCAUAUAAAUCUUGUAAGAGUUCUUGGAUUUUGCACCGAAAAAGAAGAACAGACGUUGACCUACGAAUACAUGCCGAACAAAAGCCUGGAUCAUUAUCUCUAUGAUCCAAUCAGCGGAUCACUUUUAGAUUGGGAAAAACGAGUUCAAAUCAUUGAAGGGGUUACUCAGGGGCUCUUGUACCUCCAAGAGUACUCAAGAUUGACAAUAAUUCAUAGGAAUUUGAAAGCGAGCAACAUUUUGUUAGACAACGCGAUGAAGGCCAAGAUUGCAGACUUUGGCAUGGCUAGAAUUUUCCAGAAAGAUGAAUUUGAAGGUAACACUGACCGGAUUGUUGGAACAUAUGGUUAUGUACCUCCCGAAUAUGUAAAACGUGGCGUAUACUCUGCCAAAUCAGAUGUUUAUUGCUUCGAAGUUCUUCUUUUACAAAACAUUAGCGGAAAGCGGAAUAAUUGUUUACAUGGCCUUCAUGAAGACUUAAACCUCCUACAGCAUGCAUAUGAUUUGUGGAAGUGUGGCAAAGGCAUGGAGUUCAUGGAUCCAUUGCUCGACGAUACAUAUUCAUCAUGCAAAUUGAUGAGAUGUAUGCAAAUAGCUUUGCUCUGUGUCCAAGAAAAUCCAGCCGAUAGACCCUCCAUGUUGGAACUCUCGUCGAUACUAAAAAACGAAACUGCGGCCAUGAACACUCCCAAAAGACCUGCCUUUUUACAAGAAAAGACGAAGAUUGUUGGAUUGUGUCCCGCAUUGCCUAGACAAGCCCUCUCUAUGCUGGUUAUAAGGCCCUAG